UGUUUAUAUAUCAAAAGAAAAUAAAAACCAAGUUGGUUACAUCAAAACGAAAGCAAAGAGUUUUCAGUUUCGAGAAGAGAAACACACAUUUUCAGAAGCCGGCGGAAACGAAAUUGCGUUAGCGAUGGCAUUGAACAACGGACUCAGAUCUGCUGCGAAGCUCAUCGCUUCUUCUGAAUCAUCCAUCUCCAAAUCAGUGAGUAGAAAUUUUCAUUCAACUGGUGUGAAGAAGAUGGGAGGUGGACAUGGCCACAGUGAGCCAGACUACAUGCAUUCAUAUCAUAUGUACAACUUGGACAAGAUGAAGUAUCAGGGCUUGAAAAUGUCUCUUGCAGUGUUCACUGCUUUCAGUAUCGGUGCUGGAGUUCCUAUCUUUGCAGUCAUUUUCCAGCAAAAGAAGACAGCAUCUGGUUGAUUCAUCUUAUACUUCAUUAGCAAUAAUAAUUUGGUGGAUUUGGGAAUCCUAGACUAGCAUAUUGUUUUGGUGAUUGUUGUCUUAUUACUUUGACCGUGUUCAUGUUUAAUUUUCCAUAUGGAUUUUCCAUAUAUAUGUGGUAAUAAUCAAUUUAUCUGUACUGCCAAAUUCUCGUGCUUGAACAUUUUCAUUUCUUAAUACAAAGUAUAGAAUUGAAAUGUUCUUCUUUAA